UGAGGUAAAGCGGAGCGCGUGGUGGGGCGCCGUGGCUGCUUCGGCGGCGCAUGGAGGCGAUGCCUUGCCGCGACCGGCGCGUGGUGGGCCCGGUGGGGGUUCCGGCAGCAGAGCCCGGGAUGCCGGCGAGCGGCGAGGGCGGGCAGCGACAGCUGCGCUUCACCGAGCCCGGCCCGGGCAGCGGCGACAGUCCGAGCCCGGAUAGCAGCAGCGGCAGCGGCAGCGCCGAGGGCAGCAGAUGCUACUGCGCCGGCGGGAACGGCUGCUCCGCGGGCGGCGGCGAGGGCUCCGAGGCGGCCACGACGACGACGACGCCUCACGAGUGGCGGGGGUCGGGGUCGGGGUCGGGGUCGGCCCAGCUGAAACUGCUGCCCAUGAACGACCAGAUCCGGGAGCUGCAGACUAUCAUCCGCGACAAGACAGCCAGUAGAGGUGACUUCGUAUUUUCUGCUGAUCGCUUGAUCAGACUCGUAGUUGAAGAGGGAUUAAAUAGACUACCCUACACAGAAUGCACAGUGACCACUCCAACAGAUGUGACUGGAUUCUUUCUUCAGAUUUCUGAUUUGAAGUCAGAAUAUGAAAGACAUAUACAACUAAUUAUUCAACAACAUCAACUCAGGUACAAAUAUGAAGGAGUGAAAUUUGAAAAGGGAAACUGUGGGGUCAGCAUAAUGAGAAGUGGGGAGGCCAUGGAACAGGGCUUGCGCGAUUGCUGCCGAUCUAUACGAAUAGGGAAGAUCCUGAUCCAGAGCGACGAGGAGACGCAGAGAGCCAAAGUGUACUAUGCAAAAUUUCCGCCAGACAUCUACAGAAGGAAAGUCCUCCUCAUGUACCCCAUUCUGAGCACUGGCAACACGGUGAUCGAGGCCGUAAAGGUCCUCAUAGAACACGGGGUUCAGCCCAACGUUAUAAUCCUGCUGAGUCUCUUCUCUACCCCCCAUGGUGCCAAAUCAAUAAUCCAGGAAUUUCCAGAUAUCACAAUUUUGACAACAGAGGUUCAUCCAGUCGCUCCUACACAUUUUGGGCAGAAGUAUUUUGGAACAGACUGAAGUACUUAGCCCGUUUGUGUUUUGUUACUGUAAGAUAUUACACCAUUUUUCUACAUUUUAUAAUUUGAAGUUGAGGUAUCUAUGGGAAUAUUUAACAUCUUUGGGUUUGGUUUGGUUUUAUUUUUGUCCAAAGGUGGAAAUAGUUGACCUGCACUAAUUUUUUUAUUUAAAUGGAUAGAUACUUGAUCUUAAGUCUAGUUUUUGUUUUAAUAAUGAGAUGGGGCAAUAAAGCAGACCACAGACAUCUAAUGUUGGGUUAUUCAAAUUGUUGCCCUCUACUUUAUUUAUUCUUUGUAGCCAAUUUGGCUGAUUGCAACGGUAAAAUAAACUAACUGUGAAGGCA